AUGAGGAUAUUACAAAAACUUCUCACCGCUGUUUUCCUCUACUUCUUCAUCUUCACUGCACCAUCCACGGCGCAUAUCGUAUCUCUGAAUCUCCGAUCCAAUAACCGACAAAUAAUCCCUAUCUCGGAUUUCGAAUUUACAAAUGUGGGUUACGUCUCCUUCGUGCUCUCCUCCAUCACAGUCACCUCCACCUCAUCACGGGCUGCUAAUGAAUCACGUAUUGGUUUCUUCCUUCAAUCACAUGAUGAUGAUUUCUACCUUUAUACGCGUGAAGCAAGAAACCAAGACAUCUUCGAAUUCAAACAAAACACUAGUACUUGCCCCUUCGACUUCAAAUCAAACUCAUCAGUCCUCUUUACUUUCCAAAAUCUUUCUCAUGGUCCUCAGUUUUCCUUCAACAAGUCGUUCCCCAUAACAUAUUCCGGUAUCAACUCACUCUUCUUCAUCAACUGUAACAACGAAUCCGUCGUGACAUUGGAGGGUCAGGCAGAGCUUUACAACCUGGAUGAUGGCAAUAGCACUAACAAAAACUUUUUAUUGUUAGGUAAAAUAUGA